UAUCAUUUAUAAAUUUUUUUCUUAGCAAAAUGAAUUAACAAAUGGAACUCAAGAUUACCUUAAAAUCACCCAAGCUAACCUUCUUUAUAAAAUCAAAAUUGCUGAAAUCGAAAACAAUGCUUUUGAGGAUCGUUUUCAUGAUCGAUUGUCUGAUAUCGAAUUACAACAACAACAAGUCUUGAACGAAACUCAAAAAAUAAAUCAAACUCUUUUACCAUUGCCAGUGCUGAGUUUAGCAUGGAAAUCUUGCAUUCAAACUUAUGAUUCACAGUUUGUUACUUAUCAAAGUGCUAAAGACAAAUUUGAAAACUGCAAUAGUAUGGCCCAGUUAAAUUACUAUCAUUUAACUUUUGCUGCAAAGUCAUAUACAAAUAGUGCCAAAAACUAUGCUCUUAAUGUACUACCUCGAAAUGUUGGAAGUUGUCAAGUUCACAAAAACAAUCAAACAAAAUUAGAGCAGUGUUAUAUUGACAAUGUCCAAAGUGCUGUAGAAUAUGUUGAAAGUUAUUUGGAUGAAGCUAAAUUGAGUCGAGAGAAGAGUAUUUUUAACUUGAAUUCGAUUAUUUUGUCAGCUAUUCAAUGCUCAUUUAAAAUCGAAAUGUCUGUUUUAGAUGCAAUUAGUUUAACUUCAAAGAAAAUUAACGACUGUUUGAAUGGCAAGGGGAAACGCAAUAUUCUUAAUUAUUACACUAAAGCUUGAAUGAUUUAAUUGCAUUU